AUGGCCAGCCAACAGUUUUCCAACCAACUGCAGGAGGAAGUAAUCUGCCCCAUCUGCACAGACUUUCUGCAGGACCCUGUCACCAUCGACUGUGGACACAAUUUCUGCAACAGAUGCAUCACACGGAUUGGGGAAGCAUCAGGCAGUUUUUUCAAAUGUCCCCUCUGCAACAGUUCUGUGAACAAAACAUUCAGGCCCAACUGGCUGUUGGUAAAUCUGGUGAAGAAAAUCCAAGCUAUGAGUGCUUCUGAGGAGCAACCAGAAAGGGACGAGCUGAAAUGUCAGAGGCAUGGAGAGAAGCUCUAUUACUUCUGUGAGCACAGUGGGAAUUUCCUCUGUGUGAUGUGUUGUGAAUCCGAGGACCACAGAACGCAUAAUGACAGUUUGAUAGAAGAAGCUGCCGAGAAAUAUCAGGUGAAGAUUCAAUCUCAGGUUGAGAUCUUGCAGCAAACAGAGAAGGAGAUAGUACAAAAGAAGGAGCAAGGCGAAUGGAAGAUCAAUGAUUUUAUGAACCAUGUAAAUUUUGAGAGGAUAAAGAUCCUUGGGGAAUUCAGGCACCUGCAGCAGGUCCUUGAGGAGGAGAAGAAUUUCCUCCUGUCCCGGCUCCAUUGGCUGGAGCAGGAGGGGACAGAGCAGAGGAAACUCUUCAUGGCUUCAAUGGAGUUGCAGCUGACCACCCUCAAGAAGCUCAUUGAUUCCUUGAAGGUCAAGCAGCAAAUGCUUCCUAGUCAGCUGCUGGAGGACAUCAGAGUUAUCCUGCACAGGAGUGAAGAAUUUCAAUUUCUCAAUCCAACCCUGAUUCCUCCACACCUGGAGAAAAAACUCAGUGAAGCAAAAUCAAGACAUGACUCCAUCAUAGAGAACAUGAAGAAAUUCGAAGAUAACCUCCAGGCUAAUGGGAAGAAAGAUAAAAACAGAUUCCUCAAAGGCAUGAAUGAGAAAGACAAGCAGAACUGGUGUCUUUUAGAGAAAAAUAAUCCAGAGUCAUCUUUUCUAACUAGGAGUCUACUCCAAACCCUGGGAUUUUUCCUGUGGAGGGACGAAACAAUUAAGCAGGGGCCAUCUAAUCCCUACCCCCGAACUCCAACCCACGCCUUAUUUGGGGCUCCCUUUGCUGGGGAAGCCGCCCCUUCAGCAUCACUUCUGGCCAGAAGCAGGGARACUUAUGUUGAAGUUCCUGAAAACGGAGCGGGGAGCUUUGGCGCCGAGAUUACUGAACGGUUCAAAGUGGUGCUGACCCCUGUGACACUGGAUGCGGCCUCGGCCCACCCAGACCUCAUCCUUUCCCAGGAUCUAAAGACAGUAACUCUGGCCCUCCACUUCCCGCGCAGGUCGGAGGAGCCCGCCAAUCCCGAGUGCUUCUACCCUUUUCGUUGUGUACUGGGCUCUCCAGGCAUUACUUCUGGCUGCCAGGCGUGGGAGGCGGAGCUUCAAGGGAGGGAACGCGGGGGCUGUCUGGUGGGCGUGGCCUCGGAGCUAGUGUCAAGACGCGGUUGUCUACUUGUGGAGCCCUUGGCAGGCCUCUGGACGCUGCGCAUCACAAGCAUUGGGUGCGAGGCGCUCACCGAUGGUGGUACCCGGGAGAACCUCCCCAUCCGUCCGAAGAAAGUGGGCAUCUUCGUGGACCACGCACGCGGGAAGAUCGUCUUCUUUGACAGCACCACAAGCAAGCACAUCUAUACCUUUCACGCCUCCUUCGCUGGGCAGAUCUUCCCCUUUUUCCAGCUCCUGUACCCUGGCACCCGAAUCUCCCUGAAUCCCUAG